AUGGAUACACCAGUGUGCUUCAUUGACACGGACUCAGCUGGGAAGCUGUGUGUGCAGCAGUCGGCUCUUGAGAUCCUGGAGCAGAUCCAGCAGCCGGUGGUGGUGGUGGCCGUGGUGGGGCUCUACCGCACCGGGAAGUCCUACCUGAUGAACCGCCUCGCUGGGAAACAAACAGGGUUUGCUUUGGGCAGCACAAUUGAGUCCAAGACGAAGGGCAUCUGGAUGUGGUGUGUGUCCCAUCCCACUAAAGCAGAAACCACUCUAGUGCUGCUGGACACAGAGGGACUCGGAGACGUGGAUAAGGGAGAACCAAAGCAUGACACCAACAUCUUCAGUCUGGCUGUGUUACUCAGUAGCACUUUGGUCUACAACAGUCGAGGGACGAUUGACAACAAGGCUGUAAUGGAUCUACAAUAUGUCACUGAACUAUCAGAGUGCAUUAAGGUCAAAUCAUCAGAUGAGGAUGCCGAGGAUUCAAGCGAGUUUGUGAAGUUCUUCCCUAGUUUCAUCUGGGCUGUGAGGGACUUCACACUGGAGCUAAAGAUCAAUGGCAAAGAUGUAACCAAGGAUGAGUAUCUUGAGUUUGCUCUGAAGCUGAAACCUGGCACUUCAAGAAGUGUGGUGGAGUACAACUUUCCCAGGGAAUGCAUCCAAAAAUUCUUCCCUUCCAGGAAGUGCUUCACUUUCCCCUUUCCAACCACCCAAGAAAAUAUGUGUAGCCUGGGGAGCUUGGAUUCUGCUGAAAUUUCCUCUGAGUUCUUGAAGGUCACAGAUAAUUUCUGCCAGUUUGUCUUUCAUGACAGCUGUGUGAAGAGGCUGAAAGAUGGAUACACAGUCACUGGAAGAGUUCUGGGUCAUCUGGCUAAAACAUAUGUGGACACCAUCUCAAGUGGGGCUGCGCCAUGUCUGGAGAAUGCUGUAAUAGCAAUGGCAAUGAUUGAGAAUGAGGCUGCAGUGAACGAGGGUCUUCAGGUUUACCAAAGUGGAAUGGAGAAGCUAAAGGGAUCCUUCCCUCUGGAACUGAAGGAUGUGUCCUCAGAACACCAACAUCUUAGCAGCAUGGCAACACAAGCCUUCAUGAAGCGUUCCUUCAGGGACACUGAUGGGAAGUUCCUGAAAUCUCUAGAGGAAAAGAUUAUUAAACUCUUUGAUGAAUACCUGUGCCAAAACAAACAAGCUUCAAAGAAACGUUGUGAAGAAAUCCUGUCAUCCCUCUCUGCACCAAUGAUGGAAAAACUUGAGCAGGGCUUCUAUGUUAAACCUGGUGGCUAUGAUCUCUUCUGCAAAGAUCUGGAGGACAUUGGGAAGAAAUAUAACAGCCAGGCCAAUAAAGAAGUCAAGGCUGAAGAGGUCCUAGAGGAGUUCUUGAAGACUGUGGAUUCUAAAGCCAUUCUGAAGGCCGACAAGAAACUGACUGAGAAGGAGAAAAAGAUUAAGAAGGAAAAAGAGAAAGCAGCCCUCCUGGAGCAGGAAAUAAAAGCUAAAGAAGAGAAGCAACGACAACUAGAAGAGAAAUUUGAAGCAGAGAGACGGAGUAAUGAAGAGAGGAUGAGACAGAUGAAGGAGAAGAUGGAUGAGGAGAUGAAGCUUCAGAGAGAGGAGGCUGAACGUGCCAUGAAUAGUAAACUGAGAGAGCAGGCUGAUCUGCAGGAGAAGGGCUUUAAGGAGAAGGCAGACAGGUUGAGCCAAGAGAUUGAAGAGUUCAAGAGACGGACCACUGAAGCAGAAAGUAACAAAGCUAGAGAGUUUGCAGAGAUUAUAGAAAACUACAACCAGAGACAUGAGAAGGUUAUGGAUGUGAUGAUGCAGCAGCUCAGAGAACAGAUGAAGGCCAAACUAAAGCCGGAAGCAGGCUCCUCAAGCAGCUGUCGCAUCAUGUGAAAUGCCUUGACUCAGUGAUCUUACUGAACAGGAAAUAAUAAUUUCACUUCUAAAGCUUGGCUAAAAAAGUUAUAAAGUUUUUAUCUCCAGUGCUGUAAGUGUUGUUCUGCAGACGGUGAU